AUGAUGAUGAUGGUGAUGACUCGGCUGUUCCAGUCGGCGACGAGGCGAUUCCGUCACUACUCCCCCCCUCUAGCAUCAUCUAUCGUUUCGGGGGGAGUUGGGGGUGUGGCCUCAGAGGGGCCUGUUGUUGCUGAUUCGGGGGAGAUUUCUCUAGGUCGAGACCCGGAUUCUCCGUCUAGAAAAAGACGUCGAGUUGUCGAUGAUUCUCCUACGAGGGAGAGUUUUCCUGGAAGCUCUUCUUCUGCUCCAGACUUGGUUCAAUGGGUCGAAGGUCAGGAUCCUGCCAGUUUGCUGAAUCCGAGAGUGCUAGCGGAAUAUAUCCGGACUUUGGCGAUUCCUGAUGAUGUCACGUGGUUCUGUGGUAGGCCGGGUCAGGAGCUUUCCGAUCUGGCUUGUUUUCAUGGUUUCUCUGCCCUUCAAUCUGUUCUGGUAUUGAACGACCGCCGACAGUGUGCCGAGGAGGAGGUCGAGCGUCUGUCUGCUCUUUUGGCGACUUCCGAGUCUGAAAGGGCGAAAUUGAAGGCCUCUUUGGAAGAGCAUGAUUCCCUUCUGGCGCAGCUCAAGGCGCAGGAUGCGAUUAAUGAUCGCCAAGUGAAAGUGAUUGAGAAAAAGACCGAUGACUUGACUCAAGAGAUCGAGGAGCUCAUUCGGAUCAAUUCCCUUGUUGGUGGGGAGAGGGAUAGUCUUAGAACGGAGGUUGAAGGUCUUCACAUCCGUCUGCUAGAUACGAAGGCUUUUUACUCUGCUCUGAUAAGCGAGUAUCGCCUUGCGAUUGGGAAGAAGCUUCUGGAGCAGAAUCCCAAUAUUGAUCUUUCUGGGGUUAACGGGUUGGAUCCCCAGGCCAUCGCCCGUGAUCUCCUCGUCAAGAUUUCUAAAGACCGUGUUUAGUAGUUUUCUUUUGAUUGUAUUUGCUGAUGUAUUAAUUUUGCUUUUUGUAAUUCGCAAUCUAUGAAUAUAUUU